UUUUUUGUUUAACAAAAUUAGUCGUUAGAAUGGAUGAAAUUAAACUAAGUGAUGAUGUAAUUGAACAAAUAAAAGAUUUUGAUAAGUUUCACUUGACUAAAGAACAAGAAUCGUUAGUUGAUAAAAUUAUAUUAAAUGAAGAAUUAAGAAAACGUUAUAAAUUUUUUGGUUUAUGUGAAGAAUGUAAACAACUUAAUACUUAUCCUUAUUGGUGCCAGUCAUGUAAUUCUAGAUAUUUUCAACAAAAUUUCAAAAAUUGGACUAGCGGAAAUCAUGAAGUUGAUGAAUUUAUUAAAAAAACACAACUAAGAGCUAAAAAAAGGGUUCAAAUUUUAGAAUGGAUUGAAUAUGAUAAAUUUGAUGAUGUUGAAUAUUUAGCAAAAGGAGGUUUUGGAUCUACUUUUAAAGCAGACUGGAAGGAUGGGUAUAUAUUAUGUCGGGAUUAUAAAAAUAAUCAAUGGGAAAGAAAUGGUGAAACAAAAGUCGCUUUAAAAUGUUUACAUAACUCGCAAGACAUUACAGCAGAAUUUUUGAAAGAAGUUGAGUCAACUAUUUUAGCGUGUGAAUUUGGAAGUGGUUUUGUAGUUUUUUGUUUUGGUAUUACCAAAGAUCCAAAAACAAAUAAUUUUAUGAUGGUGAUGGAUUUAAAAGGUCGUAAUUUAAGACAACAUUUAAAUGAUGAUUUUAAUUCAUUGAAUUGGAUGUAUAAGUUGAGAAUCUUAAAAAACAUUUCAUUUGGUCUUAGUGAUAUUCAUAAUAGUGGAUUAAUUCAUCGUGAUUUUCAUUGUGGCAACAUAUUAAGUGAUAUCGGUAAUAAUGCUUACAUUACUGAUUUGGGAUUAUGUCAACCAGCAAAUAUGAAGAGUGAUAAUAAGAAAAUAUAUGGAGUACUACCUUAUGUAGAUCCAGAAGUUUUAAGAGGAAAAGAAUAUACUAAAGAAAGUGAUAUUUAUGGUUUUGGAAUUAUUGCAUAUGAAAUUUGUACGGGAUUGCCUCCUUAUCAUGAUAUAGCUCAUGAUGAAUUCUUAGCUAUAAAAAUUUGUCAUGGAUUGAGACCAAAAUCUAAUUAUAAAAUUCCUCAAUUAAUUUUUGACACAAUUAAUCGAUGUUGGGAUGCAGACCUUUUAAAACGACCUAAAGCAGAUGAAUUACAAAAGUUAUUUACUGAUAUUUUUGCAAAUUGGAAGGAAGAUUCCGUAAUUGAUAAACAAAUCGAUGAAGCAAAUGAAAUUAAUGAAAAGUCGUCAUCCUCAACAGUUCAAUCACCAUCAUCUUCCACUAGUGAUCUAUCAUAUAUGACACAUCCUCAAGCAGUUUAUACGAGUAGACUUUUAGAUUUUAAAAAUCUCCCAAAACCCAAAAAUGCAGAUAAUAAUGAUAAUUUACUUGGAAUAGAAGAUUCAGAAUCUACGAUAAUUGAUUUUACCAAACUUGAUUUUAAUUCUAAAGACUAAUGUAAUUAAAUAUUUAAAAUAUUUAUUGCUUAGGAUGAAGUGAAAAAUCAUAUAUUUACUAUGUAUCGUCUCUCUUUGAUUUAUUCUAUUUUUAUUUUUAAACAUGAUAAAGGACAGAGAAUAAUAAUAUUCUUGAAUAAAACAUAGUAAGGCUAAUAUUUUCAAAUAUUCUUAUCAUAUAUUAUAAUAAAUCGACCAAUAAUAAUUCACAUGCAAAGUUUUGUCAACUGUUGAAUUAAAAAGUAUCAUGGCUGAUAGAUAAGGAGCUAAGUUUAUCAUGAAAGAACUGUCCAGUAACAUAUUACUUAUAUACUGUAUCGCAUAUGUAAACACUAGGAGCGUAUCAUUAUUGAUCACAAACAUGUACAUGUAGCAUUAUCAUAUGAUAUUCAUAGCUUUUUAUAAAAAGGUCUUUAUAUGGUAUUGUCCGAAAU